CGCAUGGGCUUCUGUUGGUAAAUCGGGGUCUCAAGCAAGUAACGCUAGAUUGUUAAAUGGUGAGUGACAAACGUAGCCUACUGAGCUUAUUUACCGAGUGCAGUGUAUAUAUUUGUUGUGUUCAUUAGAAAGGUAAAUGAUUAGGAUGUUUUUUUUUAACCAUUUGUUUUGUCUCUAUUGCAUUGGGUGCUCAACAUUUCACAGACGACAUAACCUUACCUGUGGUUUUGGUUUAGCUUAGCUGUUACGGGCUUGUUGUCAAUAAGUCACCGAUAGUACUUCUAUAUUUGAAGUACUUUUAUGUUAUUGUGAACGGUUGUUAUAUUAUUUGACCAGUGUUAUCAUGGGCGUAUGACCUAGCUGUAAACCACAACAUAUAUUUCUGCAACCCAUACUCAACUCUCAUGUUGUGCCUUCCUGUCUGACCACUUUUAAUAAUGAUUAUCCCUAGGUUUGAAGAGUUCGUUAUCGUAAUUCACACUGUGUGUCAUGAUGGAGAUCGAGGAUGGAAAACCUUUGUACGAGCGGAGGUUUGAUGCCGCUGUCAAAGUGAUACAAAGCUUGCCUCCAGACGGUAAGGGCUACAAGGGCUAUAUGCAACAUUGUAGCCUAAAGCCAAUUACGUUAACCUACAUUCCAAAGCUCUCUGGGAGUAGGUAUAUUUUUAUACGCCUGAAUAACAUGACAAUGAAAUGCAUUGUGUGGAACCUACAGAGUUUUCCAAAAGCCUUUUGAAAUACUAAGACCAUGUUUUUACCCCAAAGUGAUGUAGUCUUAGCCUGGGUACCACUCUGUUUGAGGUAUCAUACCUCUCAUUGACACGCCUCAUCCUCAUCUCAGGCCAAUAUAUAUUCUGCAUUUUUAUUUUGUGUAUCCAUUCCAGGUUCCUUUCAGCCCUCUAAUGACAUGAUGCUCAAGUUUUACAGUUACUACAAACAAUCCACACUAGGACCCUGCAACAUACCCAGACCUGGUUUCUGGGACCCCAUGGGCAAAGUGAAAUGGUAACGCAAAGAGAACAGUAGGAGUCAAAUAGGUAUCUUCUAACGACGACAGAGAUUUGUCUGUAUUGUAGUCCUUGCAGUUAACUUUCCUAUUGCCACAUUUUCGUCUGAUAAACUCUGGACCCGUUGUGCUGAAGAGGCAUGAUAUGUCAUGUCACCUUUCACCCACUUGGCAGGAGUUGACUGUUUUUACUUUUUUUUUUUUUUUUUUUAUAGAAAAUCGCGCCACUGAGGGAAUCCUCUUUUUAAGAAAUGACAAUGCAGCUGUUUUAUAAUCGGUUAGCUAUGAAGACGUUUAGACUGUUAUUGCUUUACUGAGCCUUACUUAUAGAGCUGACAGGCCCAGCUACCGCUUAGCUCGAUGAGCAUCCGGGUCAUUGACCAAGUGGAUACUCUGCUGAUAACAAAUGACAUGAUGAUCUGAACUAUAAGGACUUUACGUGCUGUCCAUGGCUCCUAUUUCAGUGUUCGUUAUGCCCAUUAUGUCUAUAAGUGUUAAAUAAUUUAAAGCAACUGGAUCACAAUACCCAAGAUCCUUAAAAGCAGUUGUUUCUGUCACUGAUAACUAACUAAAUAUUAACCUGUAUUAUCACUUGAAGAGGCAUUAACAUGAUUUUUAAGGCAAUAUACUCUAGGUAGGAGACUGUCAAUGUGGGUGUUAUGUUAAACAUCUUGUUCUGUCUAUUUAGGGAUGCAUGGAAUGAUCUGGGAGAAAUGCUCAAGGAAGAGGCAAUGGCUGCUUACGUUGAUGAAUUGAAGCUGGUAAGUGUUUUUAUCUUGAACGGAUAUGAAUGUCGAUGCAGAAGUCAGCAUAACAGCAUUGGCAGGGUAUUCUAAUAGAUUGUUGAUGAAUCCAGGAAGCAAGUGGAAUUCUAUUCUUGAAUUGAAAUUCCCUUGAGUUCAAUUAAGUUAAAAGGAAUUGACUCCCAACCCGGAGGUGGAUCAUUUUGUUGAUAAAAAAAAAAAAAUCUGUCUAAAUGACGUUCGGACAGGAUGGCCUGGAUGUCAGUGGACGUCAGAGGGCACUGAAUGUGUUUGUUGUCGUGUUCAAACAACAGAUCCUUGAGGGCAUGCCCUGCACGGAUGAGGUAGAGCAGCUGCUGAAGGUGCUGGGUCCCUUCUAUGAACAGGUGGAAGAGAAAAAGAAGAUCAAUCAGGUGUCAGACCUGACCCCAGGUACUGCCACCACCUUUGUUCUCAUUUGAUUUCAUAUGAAUUUGAUUUGAUUUGAUUUGGCAUGUCUUCCAUACUAAGUUAUCCAUUUCUAUCAUGUGCUCAGCCCGUUUGACAAAAUUUGCUAGGCAACUUGAAGGCAAGUCUAUAGAUGUGUAUUUAACCCACAAUGCCCGGACCUUUUUAGUUAUGUCUGGUGUUGUAGUUCAGUAUAAUUAGCUUUUUUACAUGUUUUAUUUUAGCUUUAUAUCUCAUAGUGUGGUUAAAUUAGAAUUUAUCUCCCGGUAUGUCUCCCGGUAUACAGUGCAUUGGGUAAGUAUUCAGACCCCUUGACUUUUUCCACAUGUUGUUACGUAACAGCCCUAUUCUAAAAUUGAUUAAAUAACAUUUUUUCCUCAUCAAUCUACACACAAUACCCCAUAAUGACAAAGCGAAAACAGGUUUUUAAAUUUUUUUGCAAAUGUAUUUAAAAAAUAAAAAACCUUAUUUACAUAAGUAUUCAGACCCUUUGCUAUGAUACUUGAAAUUGAGCUCAGGUGCAUCCUGUUUCCAUUGAUCAUCCUUGAUGUUUCUGCAACUUGAUUGGAGUCCACCUGUGGUAAAUUAAAUUGAUUGGACAUGAUUUAGAAGGCAUGAUUGGGGAAGGGUACCAAAUAGUUUCUGCAACAUUGAAGGUCUCCAAGAACACAGUGGCCUCCAUCAUUCUUAAAUGGAAGUUUGGAACCACCAAGACUCUUCCUAGAGCUGGCCGCCCGGCCAAACUGAGCAAUCGGGGAGAAGGGCCUUGGUCAGGGAGGUGACCAAGAACCCGAUGGUCGCUCUGAUAGUGCUCCAGAGUUCCUCUGUGGAGAUGGGAGAACCUUCCAGAAGGACAACCAUCUCUCCAGCACUCCACCAAUCAGGCCUUUAUGGUAGAGUGGCCAGACGGAAGCCACUCCUCAGUAAAAGGCACAUGACAGCCCGCUUGGAGUUUGUCAAAAGGCACUGAAAGGACUCUCAGACCAUGAGAAACAAGAUUCUCCGGUCUGAUGAAACCAAGAUUGAACUCUUUGGCCUGAAUGCCAAGCAUCACGUCUGGAGGAAACCUGGCACCAUCCCUACGGAGGUGGCAGCAUCAUGCUGUGGGGAUGUUUUUCAGCGGCAGGGACUGGGAAACUAGUCAGGAUCGAGGGAAAGAUGAACGGAGCAAAGUACAGAGAGAACCUUGAUGAAAACCUGCUCCAGAGUGCUCAGGACCUCAGACUGGGGUGAAGGUUCACCUUCCAACGACCCUAAGCACACAGCCAAGACAACGCAGGAGUCGCUUCGGGACAAGUCUCUGAAUGUCCUUGAGUGGCCCAGCCAGAGCCCGGACUUGAACCCGAUUGAACGUCUCUGGAGAGACCUGAAAAUAGCUGUGCAGGUAGGGGGUAUACAGAAGAUAGCCCUAUUUGGUAAAAGACCAAGUCCAUAUUAUGGCAAGAACAGCUCAAAUAAGCAAAGAGAAACGACAGUCCAUCAUUACUUUAAGACAUGAAGGUCAGUCAAUAUGGAACAUUUCAAGAACUUUGAAAGUUUCUUCAAGUGCAGUCGCAAAAACCAUCAAGCGCUAUGAUGAAACUGGCUCUCAUUAGGACCGCCACAGGAAUGGAAGACCCAGAGUUACCUCUGCUGCAGAGGAUAAGUGGUCCUCUGUAGUUCAGCUGGUAGAGCACGGCGCUUGUAACGCCAAGGUAGUGGGUUCGAUCCCCGGGACCACCCAUACACAAAAAUGUAUGCACACAUGACUGUAAGUCGCUUUGGAUAAAAGCGUCUGCUAAAUGGCAUAUUAUAAUAAUAAUAAUAAUAAUAAUAAUAAUAAUAAUAAGUUCAUUAGAGUUACCAGCCUCAGAAAUUGCAGUAAAAAUAAAGAAAUAUGUAUGCACUCACUAACUGUAAGUCGCUCUGGAUAAGAGUGUCUGCUAAAUGACUAAAAUGUAAAAAUGUAAAAACCCUUGAAUGAGUAGGUGUCCAAACUUUUGAUUGGUAGUGUAUGUAAAUUAUAUAUAUUAGUGUUUUAUUUGUAAUAAAUGUGCAACAAUUUCUAAAAACCAGUUUUUGUUUUGUCAUUAUAGGGCAUUUUGUGUAGAUUGAUGAGGGGGGAGACAAUUUAAUCAAUUUUAGAAAAAUAUAAUUUAAUGUAACAAAAUGUGGAAAAAGUAAAGGGGUCUGAAUACUUUCCGAAUGCACUGUAUAUACAAAAGUUUGUGGACACCCCUUCAAAUUAGUGGAUUCGGCUAUUUCAGCCACACCCGUUGCUGACAGGUGUAUAAAAUGGAGCACACAGCCAUGCAAUCUCCAUAGACAAACAUUGGCAGUAGAAUGGCCUUACUGAAGAGCUCAGUGACUUUCAACGUGGCCCCGUCAUAGGAUGCCACCUUUCCAACAAGUCAGUUCAUCACAUUUCUGCCCUGCUAGAGCUGCCCUGGUCAACUGUAAGUGCUUUUAUUGUGAAGUGGAAACGUCUAGGAGCAACAACGGCUCAACCGCGAAGCGGUAGGCCACACAAGUUCACAGAACGGGACCGCCGAGUGCUGAAGCGCAUAGCACGUAAAAAUAGUGUGUCCUUGGUUGCAACACUCACUACCGAGUUCCAAACUGCCUCUGGAAGCAAAGUCAGCACAAUAACUGUUUGACGGGAGCUUUAUGAAAUGGGUUUCCGUGGCCAAGCAGCCACACACAAGCCUAAGAUCACCAUGCGCAAUACCAAGCAUCGGCUGGAGUUGUGUAAAGCUUGCCGCCAUUGGACUCUGUAGCAGUGGAAACGCGUUUUCUGGACUGAUGAAUCACGCUUCACCAUCCUGCAGUCCUAUGGACAAAUCUGGGUUUGGCGGAUGCCAGGAGAACGCUACCUGCCCGAAUGCAUAGUACCAACUGUAAUGUUUGGUGGAGGAGGAAUAAUGAUCUGGGUCUGUUUUUCAUGGUUCGGGCUAGGCCCUUUAGUUCCAGUAAAGGGAAAUCUUAACGCUACAGCAUACAAUGACAUUCUAGACGAUUCUGUGCUUCUAAUUUUGUGGUAACAGUUUGGGGAAGGCCCUUUCCUGUUUCAGCAUGACAAUGCCCCCGUGCCCAAAGCGAGGUCCAUACAGAAAUGGUUUGUGGAGAUCGGUGUGGAAAAACUUGACUGGCCUGCACAGAGCCCUGACCUCAACCCCAUCGAACACCUUUGGGAUGAAUUGGAACACCGACUGCGAGCCAGUCCUAAUCGGCCAACAUCAGUGCCCGACCUCACUAAUGCUCUUGUGGCUGAAUGGAAGCAAGUCCCCGCAGCAAUGUUCCAACAUCUAGUGGAAAGCCUUCCCAGAAGAGUGGAGGCUGUUAUAGCAGCAAAGGGUGGACCAACUCCAUAUUAAUGCCCAUGAUUUUGGAAUGAGAUGUUCGACGAGCAGGUGUCCACAUACUUUUGGUUAUGUAGUAUAUCUCCUGGUAUAUCUCCCUAUUCUCCUGGUAUAUGUCCUGGUAUAUCUACUGGUAUAUCUCCCUAUUCUCCUGGUAUAUUUCCUAGUAUAUAUCCCUAUUCUCCUGGUAUAUCUCCUGGUAUAUCUCCCUAUUCUCCUGGUAUAUUUCCUAGUAUAUAUCCCUAUUCUCCUAGUAUAUCUCCCUAUUCUCCUAGUAUAUCUCCCUAUUCUCCUAGUAUAUAUCCUGGUAUAUCUCCCUAUUCUCCUAGUAUAUCUCCCUAUUCUCCUAGUAUAUCUCCCUAUUCUCCUGGUAUAUGUCCUGGUAUAUCUCCCUAUUCUCCUAGUAUAUCUCCUGGUAUAUCUCCCUAUUCUCCUAGUAUAUCUCCUGGUAUAUCUCCCUAUUCUCCUAGUAUAUCUCCUGGUAUAUCUCCCUAUUCUCCUAGUAUAUCUCCUGGUAUAUCUCCCUAUUCUCCUAGUAUAUCUCCUGGUAUAUCUCCCUAUUCUCCUAGUAUAUCUCCCUAUUCUCCUAGUAUAUCUCCUGGUAUAUCUCCCUAUUCUCCUGGUAUAUGUCCUGGUAUAUCUCCCUAUUCUCCUAGUAUAUCUCCUAGUAUAUCUCCCUAUUCUCCUGGUAUAUCUCCCUAUUCUCCUAGUAUAUCUCCUAGUAUAUCUCCCUAUUCUCCUGGUAUAUUUUCUAGUAUAUAUCCCUAUUCUCCUGGUAUAUCUCCUGGUAUAUCUCCCUAUUCUCCUAGUAUAUCUCCCUAUUCUCCUAGUAUAUCUCCCUAUUCUCCUAGUAUAUCUCCUGGUAUAUCUCCCUAUUCUCCUAGUAUAUCUCCUGGUAUAUCUCCCUAUUCUCCUAGUAUAUCUCCUCUAUUCUCCCAGUAUAUCUCCUGGUAUAUCUCCCUAUUCUCCUAGUAUAUCUCCUGGUAUAUCUCCCUAUUCUCCUAGUAUAUCUCCUGUAUAUCUCCCUAUUCUCCUGUAUAUUUCUGUAUAUCUCCCUAUUCCCGUAUAUAUCUCCCUAUUCUCCUAGUAAUUAUCUCCUGUAUACUCCCUAUUCUCCUAGUAUAUCUCCUGGUAUAUCUCCCUAUUCUCCUAGUAUACUCUGAACUCCCUAUUCUCCUAGUAUAUCUCCUAUUCUCCUAUUCUCCUGUAUAUCUCCCUAUUCUCCUAGUAUAUCUCCUGGUAUAUCUCCCUAUUCUCCUAGUAUAUCUCCUGGUAUUAUCUCCUAUUCUCCUAGUCUUAUUCUCCCUAUUCUCCUGUAUAUCUCCUGGUAUAUCUCCCUAUUCUCCUGGUAUAUCUCCCUAUUCUCCUAGUAUAUCUCCCUAUUCUCCUAGUAUAGAGUGGGGAAAAAAAGUAUUUAGUCAGCCACCAAUUGUGCAAGUUCUCCCACUUAAAAAGAUGAGAGAGGCCUGUAAUUUUCAUCAUAGGUACACGUCAACUAUGACAGACAAAUUGAGACAGAAAAAAAAUCCAGAAAAUCACAUUGUAGGAUUUUUAAUGAAUUUAUUUGCAAAUUAUGGUGGAAAAUAAGUAUUUGGUCACCUACAAACAAGCAAGAUUUCUGGCUCUCACAGACCUGUAACUUCUUCUUUAAGAGGCUCCUCUGUCCUCCACUCGUUACCUGUAUUAAUGGCACCUGUUUGAACUUGUUAUCAGUAUAAAAGACACCUGUCCACAACCUCAAACAGUCACACUCCAAACUCCACUAUGGCCAAGACCAAAGAGCUGUCAAAGGACACCAGAAACAAAAUUGUAGACCUGCACCAGGCUGGGAAGACUGAAUCUGCAAUAGGUAAGCAGCUUGGUUUGAAGAAAUCAAAUGUGGGAGCAAUUAUUAGGAAAUGGAAGACAUACAAGACCACUGAUAAUCUCCCUCGAUCUGGGGCUCCACGCAAGAUCUCACCCCGUGGGGUCAAAAUGAUCACAAGAACGGUGAGCAAAAAUCCCAGAACCACACGGGGGGACCUAGUGAAUGACCUGCAGAGAGCUGGGACCAAAGUAACAAAGCCUACCAUCAGUAACACACUACGCCGCCAGGGACUCAAAUCCUGCAGUGCCAGACGUGUCCCCCUGCUUAAGCCAGUACAUGUCCAGGCCCGUCUGAAGUUUGCUAGAGUGCAUUUGGAUGAUCCAGAAGAGGAUUGGGAGAAUGUCAUAUGGUCAGAUGAAACCAAAAUAGAACUUUUUGGUAAAAACUCAACUCGUCGUGUUUGGAGGACAAAGAAUGCUGAGUUGCAUCCAAAGAACACCAUACCUACUGUGAAGCAUGGGGGUGGAAACAUCAUGCUUUGGGGCUGUUUUUCUGCAAAGGGACCAGGACGACUGAUCCGUGUAAAGGAAAGAAAGAAUGGGGCCAUGUAUCGUGAGAUUUUGAGUGAAAACCUCCUUCCAUCAGCAAGGGCAUUGAAGAUGAAACGUGGCUGGGUCUUUCAGCAUGACAAUGAUCCCAAACACACCGCCCGGGCAACGAAGGAGUGGCUUCGUAAGAAGCAUUUCAAGGUCCUGGAGUGGCCUAGCCAGUCUCCAGAUCUCAACCCCAUAGAAAAUCUUUGGAGGGAGUUGAAAGUCCGUGUUGCCCAGCGACAGCCCCAAAACAUCACUGCUCUAGAGGAGAUCUGCAUGGAGGAAUGGGCCAAAAUACCAGCAACAGUGUGUGAAAACCUUGUGCAGACUUACAGAAAACGUUUGACCUGUGUCAUUGCCAACAAAGGGUAUAUAACAAAAUAUUGAGAAACUUUUGUUAUUGACCAAAUACUUAUUGUCCACCAUAAUUUGCAAAUAAAUUCAUUAAAAAUCCUACAAUGUGAUUUUCUGGAGAAAAAAUAUCUCAUUUUGUCUGUCAUAGUUGACGUGUACCUAUGAUGAAAAUUACAGGCCUCUCAUCUUUUUAAGUGGGAGAACUUGCACAAUUGGUGUAUCUCCUGGUAUAUCUCCCUAUUCUCCUAGUAUAUCUCCUGGUAUAUCUCCCUAUUCUCCUAGUAUAUCUCCCUAUUCUCCUAGUAUAUCUCCUGGUAUAUUCUCCUGGUAUAUCUCCUGGUAUAUCUCCCUAUUCACCUAGUAUAUCUCCCUAUUCUCCUAGUAUAUCUCCCUAUUCUCCUGGUAUAUCUCCCUAUUCUCCUAGUAUAUCUCCCUAUUCUCCUAGUAUAUCUCCCUAUUCUCCUGGUAUAUCUCCCUAUUCUCCUAGUAUAUCUCCUGGUAUAUCUCCCUAUUCUCCUGGUAUAUCUCCUGGUAUAUCUCCCUAUUCUCCUAGUAUAUCUCCUGGUAUAUCUCCUGGUACAGUGUAUAUCUCUUUGUUUGGCUAAAUGAAACUAGCAGUAACAUAAAGUUAUAGUUCUAUAUCAUUGUAACACAGUUGUUUCUAUGCUACAGGUUUUGGGACCAUGCUUACAUCAGCGCCUUCAAAAAGUGUCACAAGGAGCAUCAUUAGGACAAUGGAAAUUAAUGGCACUUUGGAGACAAGGCCACCCAGACCGGCGGUCGAGCCUCCAAAGCCCAAAGUCAUGGCAGUGGAGGAACAGGGGGAGGAAGAGGAGUUUGAUGAGGAAGAUGAGAUGGAAGAGGAAGAAAUUGUUGAGAUAAAGGAAGUGAAAAAAGGUGUGUUGUCGAACAUUUGAACAAGAAAAGAACAAUAACAAAAAAAACAGGAAAACGUUAAACAGAAAAUAAUCUUCUUGUAAUAAUAUAUUUAGAAAAUGUCUUUCAGCGAAAGAAAAGUCAAAGAAAAAGGGCUCUUCCAGGAGACCUAAAGUUCCCCUGUCCAACGGUAAUGUGGGGAACGGGAAGGGCCACUUUUCCAAUGGGACCCACACCUCCAAGGCUGCCCUGAACAGUGAGGACUCGGAGGAGGGCCUCCUGAGCAGCACCCUGCCCCUGGAGCCCCAUGUCCAGGUCAACGGCCACCACGCAGGUGGGGACCACCAGAGCCACGUGUUGUAGAGAGUUGAAACAUGUUAGCGCUCAAUUAACAUCACGUGGGGGAUAUUUAAACAAUGCUAUUUUAACGGAAUGUCUAGGAUUAGAACAAUUAUUGAAAAUUCUGAAAGGUGACCCAACUCUCUUAAGUAGAUGGCUCUGGGUAGCACUUCAUGUUGCAUUGACACCAGUGACAUACUGCAGUCCGUCUCAGUUAGUUAGAAUGUUUUGCAUGCUUUACCAUGGCUGAUGGUUUGAGUUCCCUGUGCACAUGGGCCUUAAGUCUUUUAUCCAUGACCGCAGGAUUGUACAUUGUAAAUUUGCGCUUUUCAAGAGCAUAACUUACUAUUUAUUUAAAAGGUAGAAACUCUUUCCCUGUGGUAACCAAUAGGUAUUUCAGGCGCUGUAGAAAAGGGUAGAAACUAACCAAUCAGGUGCAUGAUGAUUAUUACAUUUCUUUAUGGUUGUAAUGUAUACAUAAUAUAAUAUAAUAUAAUAUUUAACAGACGCUUUUAUCCAAAGCGACUUACAGUCAUGCGUGCAUACAUUUUAGUGUAUGGGUGGUCCCGGGGAUCGAAACCACUACCCUGGCGUUACAAGCACCGUGCUCUACCAGCUGAGCUACAGAGGACCACAUAGAAAUUACAUUUACAUUUUAGCAGACGCUCUUAUCCAGAGAGACUUACAGGAGCAAUUAUGGUUAAGUGCCUUGCUUAAGGGCAUAUCGACAGAUUUUUCACCUAGUCGGCUCGGAGGAUUAGAACCAGCGACCUUUCGAUUACUGGCACAACACUCUUAACCACUAAGCUACCUGCCGCCACUAGACAUAGACGUACCUAUUACAGUGGAUAUCAGUCCUAGAGUUCUGUUAGAACAGAACUUAAGUAUUGAAUUUGGAUACAAUUCAGGUUUGCCAAUUGAUAUCUAGUAUGCUGAAUAUCAACGUUACUCUCUAAAACAAGAAGCAGGCGUUAUAGGCCUAAUCCAGAUCGUCCAUUAAACAGAUGUCUAAAAAAGGUUUCAAAAUGGAUACUCAGGCCUCUGUAGAUCUGCACCCUGCCUGCCCACAGUGGGCGGUUGUCCUCAUGGAUCCUUGGCUGUGUGAUCCAAUAAGCUGCUCAGCUUUACUCCCAGAGCUGUUGCAACUCAGCACUUCCCUGGGAACAGACAGACUACCUGCUCUGAUGGGUUGCCAUGACAUUAUCCCCCUAAAAGCUGAUCUGGUCUAGGGCCAGUUGUUUUUGAUUACUUUAGACCUCUCACCAUCUCCUCACAUCAAAUAAAUGAUCACCUUGAGAAAGGAUGCGUUUGGAAUGCAGAACACAUAUAAUGCUAAUGGCGCACAGGCCUCUGCACUGGUUGCAUUUGUGUUGCUUCUUAAUGGGUCCUGCUAGCACAAACAUCUCUCUGAGGGAAGGUUCCCAUAUGGCUAAGAGCCGAAGCUGACCCGUAUGGUAUGUUGUGCUAUCUAUUCCUAUAGAUGUGGAUGUAUCUAGGCCCCAUCAUGUGACUAGUGACUCAGACAGCGAGGUCUACUGUGACUCUAUGGACCAGUUUGGCCUGGAAGAGGUAAGAGUGCACACACACACACACACACACACAGUGUACAGACAAGAACAAACAAAGCAAGUACACACACACACUACAUGCAUCAUUUCCAAAUCCUCAUGCAUGUGUGUUUGGUCCAGGGCUCUGAGGUACACACUGACCACUGUCUGGACCUGGAUGAGGAAGUGGAGGGGGAGAGCCACAGCCCUCUGUCCGAUCAGGAGGGGCCCGCUGAGGCACCGUGUGGGACCCCUGAGGACCCCCGGGGGCUGCCCAAUGGCAUCCAGUGUGGCGGGGAGGAUGGGGAGACUAGUGGAGGGGCCUCUCAGAGACAAAGACUGAAUUCAGACAGGGUCGAUAGCUCCCUGGUCUGGAGAGAACGAGGUAAGGUGGGUUUAGAUCCGGUCUUAUUUCUCUAGCAGUAUGUGUCAGUGUUUACACCUCUCUGCGUUUUCUAUAUUGGUUUAAAGGCUCCAGGUCUUCAGGGCACGGCCCGGAGGCACAGGGGCCCUUGCAGGGUAGCGGAGGGGACAGGGAGCGAUGGGGGGGAGCUGGGGCAACAGGAGGCAGUCUGAAUGAGCAGAUCGUAGUGGCGCUGGCCAGACUGCAGGAGGACAUGCAGAGUGUCCUGGAGAGACUGCACACACUGGAGGCCCUCACUGCAUCCCAGGUCAGAGACCAUAGACCCACAUAGCAUUUGAAACAUUCUAUUACACAGAAACAGUCUAUUACACAGAAACAUUCUAUUACACAGAAACAUUCUAUUACACAGAAACAUUCUAUUACACAGAAACAUUCUAUUACACAGAAACAUUCUAUUACACAGAAACAGUCUAUUACACAGAAACAUUCUAUUACACAGAAACAGUCUAUUACCGAAACAGUCUAUUACACAGAAACAUUCUAUUACACAGAACAUUCUAUUACACAGAACAGUCUAUUACACAGAACAGUCUAUUACCAGAACAGUCUAUUACACAGAAACAGUCUAUUACACAGAAACAGUCUAUUACACAGAAACAGUCUAUUACACAGAAACAGUCUAUUACACAGAAACAGUCUAUUACACAGAAACAGUCUAUUACACAGAAACAGUCUAUUACACAGAAACUUUCUAAACAUUCUAUUACAUAGCCUGGUAAGAUAGUAACUACUGUUAAAUGUAUCUAAUAACCCUGUGACAAACAAACUGGUGUACAGUACUUCCACCUAUUGCUCUCAAUCCUUUUAUUCAGGCACAAAAGGUCAGAUCUUUUGGUCUAAGAUGGACUGUAACUAUUGAGUUUAAGAAGUAAUUUCAUUAACGUUGUCCUGUUCCUUUCUUCUCCCUUUUUGUAUAUGUUUUCUAGUCAUUGGCUCUACCAUACCCACCAUCACCCCUGGCAAAGAAGGGUAGUAAGGUACGGUGCACACUGGCUUUUCUGUCUGUCGUUGUUUAUGUAGGACUCAGUUCCCGUGGUCGUAGACUGUUCCCAUGGCCGUAGACUGUUCCCGUGGUCGUAGACUGUUCCCGUGGUCGUAGACUGUUCCCGUGGUCGUAGACUGUUCCCGUGGUCGUAGACUGUUCCCGUGGUCGUAGACUGUUCCCAUGGUCGUAGACUGUUCCCGUGGUCGUAGACUGUUCCCGUGGCCGUAGACUGUUCCCGUGGUCGUAGACUGUUCCCGUGGUCGUAGACUGUUCCCGUGGUCGUAGACUGUUCCCAUUGUCGUAGACUGUUCCCAUGGUCGUAGACUGUUCCCGUGGUCGUAGACUGUUCCCGUGGUCGUAGACUGUUCCCGUGGUCGUAGACUGUUCCCGUGGUCGUAGACUGUUCCCGUGGUCGUAGACUGUUCCCGUGGUCGUAGACUGUUCCCGUGGUCGUAGACUGUUCCCGUGGUCGUAGACUGUUCCCGUGGUCGGUAGACUGUUCCCGGGGUCGGAGACUGUUCCCAUUGUCGUAGAAUGUUCCCAUUGUCGUUAGACUGUUCCAGGGUCGUAGACUGUUCCCGUGGUAGUGAGACUUGUUCCAGUGGUCGGACUGUUCCCGUGGUCGUAGCUGUUCCCAUGGGACAAGACUGUUCCCAUGGUCGUAGACUGUUCCCAUGGUCGUAGACUGAACAUGCCCUUUGUAUUUUCCCACAGGUAUUGUGAUUCAGAAUACAGAUACUUUUCUUCUUAAGGAUAUUGUGAGAUAUAUAUAUAUAUAUAUAUAAUAUAUAUAUAAAGGAAGCAUUUAUUAAGUGUGCUUGCUGAAAGCUUUCUUACAUAGUCAAAUCUGUAAUAUUCCACUCUAGCGCUUAAACCACUUGAGCUAUUAACACUAAAACAACUUUAGAAUGUGCAGACAGGCCGUCUUCAGGUUGCUAGAGAGAUAUUUUUUGAUACUAUUUAUACUUUUUGCAGAACAACCACAUUUGGAUAAAACUUAAUGCAAGUCAAUGGCCAUAGACUUGAAUGGUAUAAAAUGGAGACUCAUCUUCUAUAUGUCAACGUUUCAAGCUAUCAACACCAAACCAAACGUUGAGAUGUUCAGACUGACCCCAAGAUUGCUUGUCAAAGGAUAUUUUUAUACUAUAAAUACUUUUGGAACUACAGCUAUUUACAGUUUGCAAUUAGAGUCAAUGGCGACAAUGACAGGUCGAUAUUCACAGUGGCACUGCUUUCUAACCAUUCAAGACUAGAAACUCCAAAACAUCUUCAGGAUGAUGGAACCACUUCAUAAAUGUAUAGAUGAUGUAAUUCCUCCGUCCUUUUUAAUCAGUUUAAAUUAGCCCACAUUUGCAUAUUAGAGCAAACGCCACAAAUCUGUAACCCGUAUAAACUAUAAACACGAAACCACCUUUUCAGGUGUUCAAAAGGCCCCAACUUAGAGUUCUUGAGAAAAUAUAUUUGAUAGCGUCUAUAGUUUUUUGUACUACAACAAUACUUAAAUGAGGUCCCAAUGCAUUUCAAUGGCAAUAAAAGGGCCAUAGACUUACAUGGGGAACAUUUGUCUGCGCUAGUCCUUUUUGAACCGUUUUAAGCUAUCAACACCAAACCAAUGGUGAGAUGUUCAGACUGGCCCAUCUUAGUCAACGGCUUUUUGAUACUAUUAAUAGUUUUAACUAUUUAAAAUGUGCAUAAAUUAACAUGGGUUUGAAUGAGAACCAUAGGAAUACAGAGGUAGCUAUUCAAAAUGGUCAAUUUAAAUUUUGGCUCCUUGUCCAAUUGAAGCUACAAGACCAACUUGAAAACAUUCAGGCUAUCCUAACUCCACAUAAAAAAAAAAAAAAACGUUUUAUCAACUAUAACUAUAUAAAUUAGCAUAAAAUAACUCCCCAACAGUAACUCUUGAACCGUUCAAGCUAGAGAGACACCAUACCAACGUUUAAAUGUUUAGGCUAUCCUAGCAACAGCCAAUCAGUCCAAUUUUUCCAUCUACCUACUUUUUCAACUAUAAAUCAGUCACCACUGUUACUACUGCACUCACCAGCACUACUGUAACUUAUACCAUAAAUACUUUAAAAUAAACUAGCAAGCACACCACAUUUUCUUCAGGAAAUGUACUUCUCUAGUUUUCAGAAUAUAUAAUAAUAUGCCAUUUAGCAGACGCUUUUAUCCAAAGCGACUUACAGUCAUGUGUGCAUACAUUUUUACGUAUAAAUAUGCAUUUAUCAUCCUCUUUUGUCCUGUAGAAACCAUCCUGGUGGCCUUUUGACGUGUCUCCUAGCGCUGUUGCCUUUGCUGUGGCAUGGCCAUUUGUGGUGCAGUGGCUUAUCCGCCUAUAUCUUCAACGUCGGAGAAGGUAAUUGUACAGCAAGACGGGGAUAUUCUACAAUAACUACUAGUCAAUGGUAUUGUGGAGACAGCUUUUGUUACAUUUAUGUUAUCUGGUCAUCCAUUCACCAUUCUGCCUCUGAUACUCCAAAAUGCCAAUCUGUUGAUCAGCCUGGUCUCAUAGACUAGACGUAACAUAGUAAACGUAAAUCCGGGAACACAAAAAUGUGUAUGAUAUGUUACAUUUGGUAUGGUUACAUAAGAUAAAAUGUUACUUAAGGCCAAAACAAAAGGAGGGUGGCUAAUCGGGCGUUUUAACGAGAACAUCGAGCAACCAAAGGUUGCGUGUUCGAAUCUCAUCACGGACAACUUUAGCAUUUUAGCAACUACACUAAACAAAAAUAACACGCAACAAUUUCAAAGAUUUUACUAAGUUACAGUUCAUAUAAGGAAAUCAGUCAGUUGAAAUGAAUUAAUUAGGCCCUAAUCUAUGGAUUUCACAUGACUGGGAAUACAGAUAUGCAUCUGUUGGCCACAGAUAAAAAUAAAAAAAAAAAAAGUAGGGGGGGGUGUGGAUCAGAAAACGAGUCAGUAUCUGGUGUGACCACCAUUUGCCUCAUGCAGCGCGACACAUCCCCGGCAUAGAGUUGAUCAGGCUGUUGAUUGUGGAAUGUUGUGCCACUCCUCUUCACUGGAUGUGCGAAAUUGCUGGAUAAUGGCAGGAACUGGAAUACACUGUCGUACACGUCGAUCCAGAGCAUCCCAAACAUGCUCAAUGGGUGACAUGUCUGGUGAAUACGCAGGCCAUGGAAGAACUGGGACAUUUUCAGCUUCAUGGAAUUGUGUAUAGAUCCUUGCGACAUGGGGCCGUGCAUUAUCAUGCUGAAACACGAGGUGAUGGCGGCAGAUGAAGGGCACGACAAUGGGCCUCAGGAUCUCGUCACGGUAUCUCUGUGCAUUCUAAUUGCCAUCGAUAAAAUGCAAUUGUGCCAUAAGUAUUCAGAUCCUUUGCUAUGAGACUAACAAUUGAGCUCAGGUGCAUCUUGUUUCCAUUGAUCUUCCUUGAGAUGUUUCUACAACUUGAUUGGAGUCCACCUGUCUAUAUAAGGUCCCACAGUUGACAGUGCAUGUCAGAGCAAAAACCAAGCCAUGAGGUCGAAGGAAUUGUCCGUAGAGCUCCGAGACAGGAUUGUGUCGAGGCACAGAUCUGGGGAAGGGUACCAAAAAAUGUCUGCAGCAUUGAAGGUCCCCAAGAACACAGUGGCCUCCAUCAUUCUUAAAUGGAAGAAGUUUGGAACCACCAAGACUCUUCCUAGAUCUGGCUGCCCGGCCAAACUGAGCAAUCGGGGGAGAAGGGCCUUGGUCAGGGAGGUGACAAAGAGCCCGAUGGUCACUCUGACAGAGCUCCAGAUUUCCUCUGUGGAGAUGGGAGAACCUUCCAGUAGGACAACCAUCUCUGCAGCACUCUACCAAUCAGGCCUUUAUGUUAGAGUGGCCAGACGGAAGCCACGCCUCAGUAAAAGGCACAUGACAGCCCGCUUGGAGUUUGCCAAAAGGCACCUAAAGGACUCUCAGACCAUGAGAAACAAGAUUCUCUGGUCUGAUGAAACAAAGAUUGAACUCUUUGGCCUCAAUGCCAAGCAUCACCUCUGGAAGAAUCCUGGCACCAUCACUAUGGUGAAGCAUGGUGGUGGCAGCAUCAUGCUGUGGGGAUGUUUUUCAGCGGCAGGGACUGGGAGACUAGUCAGGAUUGAGGCAAAGAUGAACGGCGCAAAGUACAGAGAGAUUCUUGAUGAAAACCUGCUCCAGAGCGCUCAGGACUUCAGACUGGGGCGAAGGUUCACCUUCCAACAGGACAACGACCCUAAGCACACAGCAAAGACAACACAGGAGUGGCUUCAGGACAAGUCUCUGAAUGUCCUUGAGUGGCCCAGCCAGAGCCCGGACUUGAACCCGAUCUAACAUCUCUGGAGAGACCUGAAAAUAGCUGAGCAGCAACGCUCCCCAUCCAACCUGACAGAGCUUGAGAGGAUCUGCAGAGAAGAAUGUGAGAAUCUCCCCAAAUACAGGUGUGCCAUGCUUGUAGCGUCACACCCAAGACUCGAGGCUGUAAUCGCUGCCAAAGGUGCUUCAACAAAGUAAUGAGUAAAGGGUCUGAAUACUUAUGUAAAUGUUAUAUUUUCCGUUUUUUAUUUUUAAUACAUUUGCCAAAAUUUCUAAAAACCUGUUUUUGCUUUGUCAUUAUGGGGUAUUGUGUGUAGAUUGAUGAGGGAAAAAAACAAUUUAGACAUUUUAGAAUAAGGCUGUAACGUAACAAAAUGUGGGAAAAGGUCAAGGGGUCUGAAUACUUUACGAAUGCACUGAACCAUACGAAAUGUAACAUAUCAUACUAACUGGAGUGUGAUACGUACAGAAUAAUACAAAAUGCUCUGAGACCACGUUGUGUUGAUAGCUCUACGAAUAUAAUCACUUGAACUUAGUAAGAAUGCAUUUCUAACAUUGAGUCUUGUCCCCCACUUUUAGACGAAUCAACUGAAAAGUCCCCCCGUCCCAAAGACCCAGAGCGACGAAGAGAGCUCUGUCAACAGUCUCUGGUUGGGUAAUGGCCGUAGCCUCCCUUCCACUUUCCCCCACACCUCUGUAACUUUAGCUUUUGCACUAUGAAGAUGGCACUAGGAGUAGUGAGUUGGGGAAGCCUCACAACCCACUGGCACUACAAUUGAAAUCAAAGAGAUGUGAACGGAUUGAACUGCAGCUCAUAAUCAUGCAAGCUUUUUUCCAUUACUGUACUACAUUAGUACUUUUUUUUUUUUUUUUUGCUCUUAAGAAAAUGAUGAGGAUUUAA